AUGGAAAGAAAUUUGUACGACUGGUUUAUGAUGCAACGUGGUCUAGGUAUGCCCAUCGCAGGACGACAGAUAUCCCACGAGGCAUUACGGUUGUACACAGAGUGGUGGGAUGACCUUGGGAUGGACCGUCAAGCGGUUAUUUUGCGUGAGCAGCCGACACUUUCUGAUUUCACCGCAUCUAACGGAUGGCGUUUAGGUUUCCUUAAAAGACACGGCAUUACAUGCCGACGGAAAACCAAGGAUGACAAGCAACUUCCGGAACAUGCUGAUGAGGUGGUGACCAACUUUAGGAAUGCAUUCCACAACACAGUUCGAGAUACCGCACCAUCUUUCAUUGCAAACCUAGACGAGACAUUCGCUCUUUUCGACGCAUUGCCGAAUUACACAUACGAUACAAAAGGCAAUCGCCAAGUUAACAUAAAGUCAUCGCGUGGGAAUACACGCCUUGGAUGUAGCGUAACCCUUGGCAUAACCAGCAACGGAAGGAAGAUGCCAUGCCACAUUACCUUUAAAACACCAACAAUUGCUGCAAGGGAAGAGUUAAGAGCUAAUCCACCGCCAAAUGUCCAUAUCGCUCACACCGAAACUGGUUGGGUCAGGACUCAAGUCUUGCUGGAUCUCAUCGAGGAGAUUGUAAUACCAUUUGUUGGGGCUGACGUACCGUAUAUCCAUCUGUGGGACAGGGCACGCAUACACCUGAAUGAUGAUGUCGCCAUGCGAGUGGUUGAGAUAGGUGGUAUCAUUGAACUGAUACCUCCCAAAUGUACUCCGCUUUUACAGCCUCUCGAUUUGACUGUCAUGGGAAGUUUUAAAAGUAAGCUCCGUUCCAAUUGGCGCGCAUGGAAGGAGGCGCACACCGUUGAUGGACAGUGCCCGCCCAUUAGCCACCUUGAUGUUGCACGAUUGAUUGGGGCAGCAUGGGAUAAGGUUCCCCCAAAUGUCGUAAUCGGCGGAUUUCGCGCCGCCGGUAUAUUGGGUGAUGGCAAUGAUGAAGAUGGCGAUGGUAACGGAGGACAUGAACUAGAAGCCAACGAUGACGAGGAGGGUGAUGGGCUUGAAUAUCUUCCAGUGAUGGAGCAAGAUCAGUGA